AUGAUCCUGGUGGGCAACGGUGGCAUCGCGACUGAAGUAGCUCACGAAGUUACCAAUUGCCAGAUCAUCUGGGCUAUUAAAGAUGCCAGCAUCAGUGCCGCCUAUCUGGACAGUGCCGCCGCCAAAUUCUUUCUUCUUACGCGGCAAUAUGUUAAUCUUGGGACCUCUUCUGCAGAAAAAAAUGCAAAUUCCGAUUCUCGUUCAAGAUUCUGGAGGAUGAACUUCAACUCGAGGGCGGAAGCCGAUAUCGAGGAUGACGCCAAGACACAUGAUAAGUAUCCAAGCGAUUCUUUCGACACUAGUCUGCUCGGCGCUGCACUCGGACCGGAUUGGGCACGGGACAAGUCAUUACGAGGCCAACUCAUGUUAAAUGGUUCUGUCAGAAAUCAGCUAAAGGUCGAUCUUUGCACCAUCUUAUUUAUCAAUAUUUGGCCAAUUUGGUCAUUCUUUUUUAUGCGCUCGAUUAUCGUGUAUCAAGUUCAGGUUAAUUGUAUUAUGUCGCCCGAAGAGUUCGCUGCCAAACAACUUGUAGAGACACCUGCCGUCUUUGAUAACGCCUGUUCAGUCACUCCCGAGGCGGUGGAGUCACGACCAUGGAAAGUGUAUGUAGAACUGACCAAUGGUGAGUGCUACGGGGCUGACAUUGUAGUCAGCGCUACUGGAGUGGAAGCGAAUUUUUCUCAAGUCUCGGGGGGCAAUUUUUCGCAAUGUGGCCGGCCAGCCGCCUUCCUCAGCAGCAUUUUUCCGCCAGAGUAUGUGGAGUUUGUUGCACCCACCUCCCAUUCGUCCUCACUCGUUCCUGACACUUCUUCACAGGGAGAGACCAAGGCUGAUGCAAAGAAGUCAAUAACGGCAUCGUCACCUGGAGACCUCGGCGUUUGUAAAUCUACUAAGCUCAGAAUAUCUAAUGAGCCGGCAGGCGGCCUUUUAGUCAACGAACUAAUGCAAACCAGCCGACCGGAGAUAUAUGCUGUUGGU